GAGAGGUAUGGAAAGAGUCGAUUCCUUCUCGAACUGACUCGUUCACAUCGGUUCGCUGCUGUUCGGCAUCCAGAGCGAGUACAGGCGGCUAGCGGGCAGCGGUGAACCGGAGACACGCAGAGGAACCGAGUCGCCAGUAUGUAGCUUACGGGAAUUAAACGCACCACUCUCCCCAACCGAAUGCCGAGCGGUCCGGUCCGGCCUGGGUCUUCACCGUAACCGCGCAGCGCCUGUUCACCGGAGCGGAGGCGAUGGAGGCCGGGGGGAGCUCGUCCUCAGUCGGGGCCGCGGGCUCGGAGGAGACGGAGACUGUCAUUGGAAUCGGAUACGGCAUGGAAGACACUGCUGCUAAGAAGGCCUACAUCACAGAGAUGCCCUCCUCAUCUUGCCACCCAGGUUCUGGCCCUGAGAAGAAGAUCGGCCACAGAAGGGUGGAUGCAUCAGGGGAGACCACCUACAAAAAAACGACCUCCUCUGCCCUGAAAGGUGCCAUCCAGCUGGGCAUCGGCUACACAGUGGGCAACCUGAGCUCCAAGCCUGAGAGGGAUGUGCUCAUGCAGGAUUUCUACGUGGUGGAGAGCAUCUUCUUUCCAAGUGAGGGCAGUAAUCUGACUCCAGCGCACCACUAUCCAGACUUCAGGUUUAAAACCUACGCCCCUGUGGCGUUCCGCUACUUCAGAGAGCUGUUUGGGAUCCGACCCGAUGACUACCUGUAUUCUCUGUGCAAUGAGCCGCUGAUCGAGCUUUCCAACCCCGGGGCCAGCGGCUCAAUCUUCUACGUCACUCGUGAUGAUGAGUUCAUCAUCAAAACCGUCCAGCACAAGGAGGCGGAGUUUCUGCAGAAACUGCUUCCUGGAUACUACAUGAACCUGAAUCAGAAUCCUCGCACGCUGCUGCCCAAGUUCUUUGGCCUGUACUGUAUUCAGUCCGGAGGGAAGAAUAUCCGGAUUCUGGUGAUGAAUAAUGUCCUGCCUCGGGUUUUCCGCAUGCACCUGAAGUUCGACCUGAAGGGAUCCACUUACAAGCGCCGGGCAUCCAAGAAAGAGCGGGAGAAGUCCAGGCCCACCUUCAAAGACCUGGACUUUUUGCAGGAAGUGCCUGAUGGGCUGCUGCUGGACACGGACACUUUCAGUGCUUUGGUCAAGACACUGCAGAGAGAUUGCCUGGUGUUGGAGAGCUUUAAGAUCAUGGACUACAGUUUGCUGCUGGGCGUGCACAACCUGGACCAGGCUGAGCGUGAGCAGCAGACGGAGGGCUGUCAGAGCAGUGAUGAGAAGAAGCCUGCGGCUCAGAGAGCGCUCUACUCCACAGCCAUGGAGUCCAUCCUGGGGGGAGCAGUCUGCGGGGACUCCAUCGACACAGAAGACACAAUGGGGGGAAUCCCUGCAGUCAGCGGGAAAGGAGAGAGGCUUUUGCUCUUUGUUGGCAUUAUCGACAUCCUGCAGUCCUACAGACUCAUUAAGAAGCUGGAGCACACUUGGAAGGCACUAGUCCAUGACGGGGACACAGUAUCAGUGCACAGGCCGAACUUCUACGCUGACAGAUUCUUCAAGUUCAUGAGUUCCACUGUGUUCAAGAAGAGCUCUUCUCUGAAAUCCUCUCCCUCUAAGAAGGGUCGAGUGGCUCUGACCGCGGUGAAGCAUGCUGGGCCUGGGGCAGCGUGGUCAGCAAGCCAGCUGCCCUCAGAGAGAGACCAGAAUAUAUACGACCUGAGAGGAGCCCGCAGCUUCCCUGCACUGGAGAACGAUGGCCUGCACCCCUGUACUCCUCCAUCAUUCGAGGAGGCCACUACAGCCUCAAUCGCUACCACACUGUCGUCCAACACGUCCAUAUCCAUCCCUGAGCGCUCCCCCUCUGACACCUCAGAGCACCCCCGAUACAGGAGACAAACCCCGAGUCUAAAAGACAGUGAUGGAAGGGUGGUUAAUGUCCACGAGGAGGACCAGCAGACAAUCACAGUGCAGGUGGACGUGAGGAGAGAGAGGGAAGAGGAGGACGUUGACAGAUUGAGGAUUGUAGAGGAGAGGAAAGAGGUGGUGGUGCAGCAACAGUGUGCGGUUUUGCACGCCCAGCUUCCUCCACAGAGCAGUGAGCCAAAGGGGCCCGUGAGCGGAAUCCGCGAGACCGAGAUCCUGGAUGAUGUUGUUCCAGAGAUGCCCCGCCCUCCACAAACAGCAGAUGUCCCCCAGUCUGUCCUGCCACCAGCAGCUGUGCCCCUGGAGGCAGUUGCUGUGGAAACAGGUUCCCAGGCAGCGGCGGCGACAGCGGUCCCGAGGCCAGCAGUCCCUGAAGCAGAAGCCCCCUCCUCCUCCUCCACACCCCCCAGCUCCAGACCCAGCGGGGCACAGCCAGAGCCGAGGAGGAGGCCGCCGUCACAGUCCUUCAGCCAAGGAUCCCUGGAGGAGGAGGUCGUGCCAUCCACCGAUAUCUACUUUUAUGCAGAAGGGAGAUACUGGGUGUAUUCCCCUGUUUCUCAUCGACGCAAACCAAUCCAGAGCAACGACAACUUUCAGCGGCCUCCAGAGGAGCGGAGCUGGGUGUAUUCCCCGCUGCACUACAGCUCUGCGUCUCAGACAGCCUCUGAUGAGGAGAGUGAGACAUAAACUCUAUGCAGUGUGAGAGGAGUUAAGGUGUGCUGUUAAGGCCUGAGCCGCUCUGUCUGUCUGACUGAAGCCACCACGCCGGUCCGUGAGCCCCCGCAGCAGGGACCCUGCUCCGCUGAGCAUCAUGGGGAAAAAAAAAAGAGACUAUGGACUUUUCCAGACCUGAAAAAAUGCUGAAAAAGAAAAACCUGCCAGAUCUCUCCCUAAACUCCCCCUCCCAGUCCGUCAGUAGUUCUGUACUUGUCUGAAUCAGAGCAAACAGGUGACAUUUCUUGCAAAGCAAAGGACUUCCAUAACGUGCAUGCGUGACUCUGAGAAAUGCAUGCUGUGGACGAUCCAGGAUGCUCUUCAAUCAUUCCAUCACCUAUAAGUGACCAUUUCCUCCGUCGUCACAAUGAGGACGUUCCAAACUGUUAGAACGAUCGUCUUUACGGGAUCUUUUAUGUGCUGCGUUUUUGCUGCAUUCCGUUUUCCCCUGGAAUUGUUGCACUGUGUUAAUCUGUUUCUUUACUAAUGAAGAUGAGGAAGUAGCGCUUCACUAUCAGAUCAAAAUCUCUUUAACAUUUUUCAUUUUCUCUAACAAAGGUUUGGAAACAUAUGCUGCCAUUUACAGUGUGGGAACAUGGUUCAGAAUUACUCACCGUAAUGGUGUUCAGGUCCUCCUGGGAAGUUCCUACUCAAGACUCUUUGGAGAUCAACAACAUGAAUGCCCUGAAAAAAGAAAUAACAGAGAGAGAGAGCAAGUUGCUUUGGCAUUACUGCAAUAAAACACAGAGUUAAGAGUUGUGUUUCUCACAGGUAAAGAAAGUAAUUUGUUAAAAAAAGGAGUUACAGCUAAAAAGGCCUCAACAAAUGACCAAUAAUUGAAUAUUCAGAUUGUAAAUCACACAGUUACUAAAUAGCUCUAAUGUAGCUAUCAGCUUUUAAAUUUAUCUCGAGGCUUUAUUAAGCAUUCGCUAAAUAUGUCACAGUUUAAGUGAACUGUCCCUUUUAAAAUAAAAUGAAUCAAAUCAAGAUUUCUGCGGCUCCUUAUAAAGUCUUGAAAUGUUUCAAAUUUAAAACUAGGUAAUUAAGGUCUGAAAUUGUCUUAAAUUUACUGUAAAUUUGCUGUAGGUAUUACAUUUACAGAUGGUGCGUUUAAUGCCAGUGGGAAAACACAGUGGCACAUCGUAAACAUCUAAUUCGGGAAGACAGCUAAGAAUAACGGAGAGUUAGCUAACUUUAGCGGCGAGCUAGCUAACAUACUAACUUUAGCUAGCUUAAACGAGCUAGCUAAUUUUAUCAGGGAUAGAACUAAGGUUAGCGGAGAGCUAACGUUAGCGGCAAGUUAGCUAACAUACUAACAUUAGUGGAAAGUUAGCCAACAUUACCAGGGAGAGAACUAAAUAAUAAUGACUACAUUUUUGGGUCUUAAAUUAUAUUUAUUGAGGUCUUUAAAAUGUCUUAAAAAGCAUUAAAUUUGGCUUUUAAAAUGGCACAAGAACCCUGCAAACUCCAAUGUCUUUUACUGUCAAAAUUUGUCAGGUUAAUCAGGUUAAUUAAUCAGGUUCCCAUAGUUUUAGGAUCAGCAAAAUACUCCUUCACCUCAUACUAACAUAACUCUGCUCUCAACUCGAUCCACACGUCACAAGCCAGCGCUGAGCAAACCUUGAUUUGCCUUCAACCUGAGGCUUUUAAAGGUGAUCUUUAAAAUUGUUCAGCUUGAAAACUUAAAAAUCAAGGUUUUCAGCAUCAAUUUAGCAUCAAAAGUUACUGAGUUUAUGCAUCAAAAUGUAGAAAUUUAGAGAUAAUCCUAUUAAUACAUUUGUGUACUGUGUUGGGGCUGUUCAUGUUGUUGCUUUAUCUUUCUUCAUUACAGUAUUUCUGACAUGAUUUGAAGGCAGCAUAAUCUCUCAUUACAUUAAUAUUUAAUAACCUUUAUUCCUCCUACUGUAAAAUAACCAAAAAUCUGAGAUUUUUUUCUGACAGUGAUGAUGAUACUAAACCUACGGAUGGGUUGAUUUAAUUUCUCCAUGUCAUCAUUGUGCUGUAAGAGUCUACCGAUUCCGUACUACUUCACGUAUUAUACAACAUAUCAGCGGGUGUGACUCGGCCACCGUUACCAACUCACAGCCGUGGCUGGGGGGAAAUCGUUACAUUGACCUUUCAGGGUUCGAUUCUUCAUUUUUAUAAACAUAUCAAAUAACAAAUCAAUCAAAGGGCACUGGUGCAAAUACUGUGUUGCAAAACGAUGCGAACAAUAAUCCAACCAACCACGACAACUGUAAUAUAAAGAGUGUGUGUGCUGAUUUUAGCUUUAUGUAUUUAUUUUCUUUAUAAAAGUUAUUUAAUAUAAUAAGUUGAGGAGAUCUAUAAGUCUAUACAUUUUCUGCAUUGUAUCAGUUGUUUAAAUACAUAUAAAACAUAGAGGAUUUUUAUUACACUGUAGAUUUCAGUCAGUCAUACUGUAAAUUAACUACAAUCUACUGUAUCAUAUAAAUGUGUGUGUUGUUCUUAUGGGAAUGGCACUAAGUUCAAGCUAAAGAUAAAGCUAUAUAAAAAUUCAUUCCUAGUGUGGCAUCCAUAUUUCCAUAUUCUUCUUACAGAGAUAAAAGGUCAUCCUUUAGAUAUCCAUGGUUUUAUUGCCAUUCAAAUAUCCAUGCUGUGUGUGUGUGUAUAUUUGUGUGUAUAUGAGUCUUGAUUCUGAAUGAGUUGGUUGGUCAAAGAGUUAUUAAUUAAAUGUAUUACAUUGUAUUUCAGUCUACUUGUGUAAAAAAAGUUUUUUUUGUUUUAUUAUUUUGUUAAAAAAACAAACAAAAAUACAUUUCCACUUCUAUUUUUAAAGUUUUCUUUCAUUCGAUUGAAAAUAUGUACAAUUUCUUAUUUAUUGCUUCUCUUUUAUGAGCAUUAUUUGAUGGAAAUCUGUCAGCUUUAUAGUUUUUUAAAGAGUCUUUUAUAUAUUUUUUUUCUGUGUUCAUGUUGGAUGAACCGAAUGUCUUGUUCUACUGUGCCGUUCGACCUUGUAAUGGCGAUUACCAGUUACUCAAUGCAGAUAUAUGCGAAUCAGUUCCUUUUGGGUGUUAAAUUUGGUGUAGCAGUGAAAACCCAUAGCAUCAUAUUACAGUAUGUGAUUGCCUUAUUAGGAUAAAUCCAAUGAAAUGAUACACGCUACUCAUCAUCAGAACAAUAGAUGCACCCAGAAGGAAUCAGUGGGUCAUCUUUAGUCAUGAGUCCUGCUUUGGUCUUCUGUGGAGAUGACCAAACAAUGCAUGUUGGUGAUCUUCAUUACAGGCUCUUUAACAGCCUAAUUUUACGUUAACGAGGUCCUGCAACCAGUGGCACUACCGUUUCUGAGUGCACUGUUCCAGCAGGAUAAUGCUAAUCCACAUACUGCUCCCAUCUCAUGAGCUUACAGUAAAGACAUUCUAGAUCUCCAGAUCUAUCCCUGCUAGCUCCUGUGUUCCUGGCAAUUCAACACUUCCUUAUGGGUGCAUCUAUUAAUGGAUGAUGAGUGCAUUUCAUUUCCCUGUGUGAUCAUGUUGCAUCAUUUCAUUAUUUCUCCCAAAUAUUAUUAAGGAGUCGUUUGUGUUGUAGCUAUAAAUGUACAUAUCUUCUAAAAAGAAAAAGUAUAGUGUAGUAUAUGUCUAAAAUGAUAAGGUUUUUAUUUUUGACUGCAUGUGAAAGCAAACCUAUUAGGGCAGAACAGGGGGGGCCUAGUAAAUAUCAUUCCUGUCCUCUAUUCCAAAGUUCGUCAGGUGCUUUAGCUGUUCAAACGUCUGGUGUAAAGCUGUACUGUCUGUGUAUACAAUGGGAAAAAAUCCAAGAGUAAUCAAAGAGUAUGUAUAUAUAUGAGUAUGUAUGAAUGUAUGUGCGAGUGUGUGUUCUGCUGUGUGUCUGAGAGUGUGUGGGAAUGUGUAUUUUGUUACUUUAAUUUUAGAGUUUCUUUACAGUCGUCUUUUUUCCUGAAAGACAUUGCAUGUGUUCAGUACCAACAAACAUUGCUGAAAUAUUUAUCUGUAACCAUCUGUGUCCAUCUCUUUAAACAGAUAAACUGAUGGCCUGUGUGUUUGUACAGAUGAGUAGAUGGUAAUGGUGUAAAAAUAAAGAUCAAAUAAAAGUACAAUCAUUGAAAUUA